AUGAAGGAGAUACUCACAAACAAGAAGAAGUUAGAAGAUUUGAGGACAUUUAUGUUGAACGACGAAUGCAGUGCCAUAUUACAAAAUAACCUACCACCUAAACUAAAGGACCCAAGGAGUUUCACUAUCCUUAAUACUAUUGGUGACAUGGAAUUUGAUAAGGUUCUUUGUGAUUUAGAUGCUUGCAUUUAUCUCAUGCCUUACUUUAUUUUCAGGAGACUAGACUUGGGAGAGGCAAAGGUAGCAUCGAUCUCUUUGCAGUUGGCAAAUAGGUCUAUAAAAUUUCCCAAGGAAAUUAACGAAGAAAUAUUGGAAGACAAGGAUGUGCCAUUGAUAUUGGAGAGAUCAUUCCUUGCAAUAUCUCAGGCCUUAAUAAAUGUUGAGAAGGGAAAAUUGAUGCUACGACUAAAUGAUGGGUAG